UCUACCGUCGACGAUGCCGCCUCGAAAGACGAGAGCGGCCGCCGCAGCUGCAGCUGCUCCCACAGAGGAAGCACCGGUCAAGGCCACGAAUGGUGUAGCGGAUGCAGAUGGGAAGAAGAGAGAGGCAGGGCAGCUAGAAGAGGAGGAUGGGCCAGCUGCGAAGAGGUCGAGGAUAGACGGGAAGGCUGCGCCUCAACCACCGGCCCCGGCGAACAACGAGGUUCCACCACCUCCAGAAGGCGAGGCCCCUCCCCCACCACCACCGCCCACAGAGGAUGUGCCUCCACCGCCAGACGCAGAAGAGCCUCCGCCGCCGCCACCGCCGGUAGAGGAUCUCGCCCCACCUCCUCCUCCACCCGAGGCGACAGAGGAACAGCGAUUGCAGGCUGAAGCAGACCAGGAGAAAGACGAUGAGGAGAUCGGGGGUGCAGAUUACUGGGAGAGAAUAGCGAGAGAGGAGCAGGAGGCAGCGGAGAAGAAGGAGAAAGGCAAGAAAAAGGGUACCACAGAUCUCUACCUGGACACGAUCAACCGGUCCCUCCUUGACUUUGACUUUGAAAAGCUGUGCAGCGUCUCGCUUUCCAACAUCAACAUCUAUGCUUGCCUCGUCUGCGGCAAGUACUACCAGGGCCGCGGACCAAACUCGUUUGCCUACUACCACGCCAUCAAUGACGGCCAUCGUGUCUUUAUGAACCUCGAGUCGUCGGAUGUCUAUGUGCUGCCGGACAACUACAAGGUCAAUGAUCCAUCGCUUUUCGACAUCAAGUACCUCCUCUUGCCUACCUACGCCGACCAGCAGAUCCGCCAACUCGAUGCGCCGGACCUGUCCCCCUCGCUGGAUCUGCAUGCGCAGCCUUACCUGCCGGGCUGUGUAGGCCUCAACAACAUCGGCGCAAAUGACUAUAUGAACGUCGUCAUUCAAGCACUAGCCCACGUCCGGCCCCUGCGCAAUUUCUUCCUGCGCGGCGGGCCACCUGGAUCGGAUGGAGCGGGCAAAACAAUAGCACAGUCGCCCGCGAUCCAAAACACUUCAGAGCUCGUUCGGCGCUUUGCUGCCCUCGUUCGCAAGAUCUGGAAUCCGCGAGCUUUUAAGGCCCAGGUCUCACCGCACGAGUUUCUGCAGGAGGUGGUCAAUGCCAGUAAAGGACGCUUCAGCAUCACCAAGCAGGGCGAUCCCGUCGAGUUCCUCGGCUGGCUCCUCAAUCGAUUGCACACCGACAUGGGUGGCAGCAGAAAGAAGCGGAGCAUCAUCUCCGACUGCUUCCAGGGCGAGAUUCGCAUCGAGAGCCAGAAGGUCUUUGUCCGAUCAGGCAUCGAGCUGGAUGACCUGGACGAGGAGGCAAAGGACAAGCUCGACAGCGAUGGGAGAAAGGAGGGAGGGCAGGAGGAUGAGCUGGGCAAUGCCAAGUUCAACAUCGAUCGAGAGGUCCAAGUGACCCGAUCGCCUUUCUUCCUCCUGACAAUCGACCUGCCCACACCGCCGGUGUUCCAGGACUCGAUUGAAAAGAACAUCAUCCCGCAGGUCCCCAUCGGCCAGGUCCUCGCCAAGUACGACGGCAUCUCCUUCCAAGAGGCCCGUGGUCAGAUCAAGCGCUUCAAGUGUGUCAAGCUUCCUCCCUUUGUCGUGCUGCACUUUAGGCGCUUCACAAAGAACAAUUUUGUCGAGGAGCGCAACCCGACGAUCGUCAAUUUCCCCGUCAAAGGACUCGUCAUGGAUGAUUAUAUCGAUGACCCGGCAAUGAAGCCGCUCAGCGCGACGUACGAUCUCGUCUCCAACAUCACGCACGAGGCCAUUGCCGGCACGGUGCGCGAAGGCUCCGUCUGGCGCUCGCAGGUGCACACAUACUCGGACGGAGGCCGGCCCUCGUCUUCGUCAAAGGCGUUGCAGUCGACGAGGGACGAAGAAUGGUUCAGCAUCCAGGACCUGCUCGUGGAAAAGAUUGAUCGGCAGCUGCUCUUCCUCGGCGAGACGUACGUCCAGAUCUGGGCAAAGAGGCCCACGUCCGCUGCAGCGGCGUCGACGUCGACGACGUCGAAGUAGCAACACUGAACUAGGGCUUGCUUGCUUGCUUGCUUGCUUGCCGUGUACAAUACAAUACAACAUUUCAAAAGGGGAUAUUGCUGAGCGUAAACAACAAGCAG